GUAUCUGCGUCGGAUUCCAGUAUAAGACAACAACACCGUAACCCCCGACAUGGCCGACCUCGCAGACCCGAAAUACCACGGAUUCGACAUCAUCCACACCUCGUACAAGCACGUAGGCGACCAUUCCAUCCGCACCGACAUCCUGGUGCCGCAGACUCCGCACUCGGGGAAGCGGCCCACGAUAGUCCGCUUCCACGGCGGGGGCCUGAUCCUAGGAGACUCUCUUUACCCGGGCUUCUGGUCGCAAUGGCUCUCGGACCUCGCCCUGCGCCACAACGCCGUCAUCAUCUCCCCUAACUACCGCCUCCUGCCCCAGGCCACGGGGCUGGACAUCUACAACGACAUCGAGGAUUUCUGGACCUGGCUCAAAUCGCCAACUAGUCCCAUCCACGGCCUUCUCGCCGCACACUCCAACCCGACAGAGCUCGAUCUAUCCCGCAUCCUGCUGGCCGGGGAAUCCGCCGGCGGCCUGCUGAGCAUCAACACGGCUCUCGGGCACGCCCCCGACGUGCGCGCCGCAACGGCACUCUAUCCCUGCGUUGACUUGUCGCUGUCGUCGGCAGACUUUUCGAAACCUCGCCCGGACUCUCUCCUCCCGUUUGGUCAGCGUACCCCCGUUUCCGUGGUAGAGGAGUACCUAGCUUCGCUUGACACCAACAAGCCGGUCUCGUCUACCGACACCCCUAGCUAUGUCCCGCUCAUGCUGGCGGUGAUCGAGCAUGGGAUCAUAGGGGAGUGGUAUACAAGAGGGUUGGACAAGGUCAGUUCCGAGGCGGGCAGGGUACUCUUCCCGAUCCAGCGCCUUGAUGAUCCCGGUGUGACGAUCCCGCGCGGUGGGAUUACUAUUGUCCAGGGGCGGCAGGAUAGUGUUGUCCCGCCGCAUCACUCUGUGCCGUUUGUGGAGAGGGCGCGUGAGGUUGCUUCUUCCACUUCUGGUGCACAGGCCGGUGCUGGCAAGACCGGGAUGUCUGCCGCUGGGGGCGAAAUGGCUAACAGCCAGCAGAAUGGUAAAGUUGCGUUGGUGUUUCGGGAUGGCGAGCAUGGGUUUGAUGCGGAGGAGCGCUAUGAGGACGGUGGGUGGGUUAAGGAGGCACUGGGGGCGGCGGUCGAGGCGUGGCUGGAGGUUUAUUAGUUGCUGAGAGGAAGCAAUUUAACUAUGCUGCAGUGUUGGACGGAGGGCUGUUGCUGUUGGACGGCGAUGGAUGAUCGUUAUAUGUCCUGGCUUGGCCUCGUAACUCGGACGAGCAUUCGGAUUUGGUCGGAUCCAGUGGAGAUUCUUGAAUGAUUAUUAUUUUUCAGUUUAGCUGUUUUUAGAUAGAGGUUCUAUAUUGCCUGGAGUAGAUAAUAUAAUGAUGGUGCUGAUGAAUGUGUAUAUAUUAC